CUCUGAACGCCCAUCAAGGCCUGACCAGAAAUGACUCCAUGGAAGUCCUUGGGCUCACCCAGAAAAGUCAAGGAAAACUUAGCCUUUUCUCCCUGACCUCUUCAAAGUUCAGAAUUUGUUUCUCUCCCUCAGUUCUUAGAUCUUGUAGUCCCUUUUAUGUCAUUCCCAGGGAUUGUUGUCUAACCCCAAAAUUUCCUUCCCCUGCCACCUGCCUGGUGUUGGAUGCUGUUACAUCUAGAUGCCGUUGGGCGCCUAUUACAAAGGAAAAGGAGAGUGAGGCUCUUUUUUCCUGGUCACACAGGUGUGCCGGCUGGAUGCUCAGGUAAGCAGAUCAUUAUCACCUGCCGAGGUAGUUCUAGGGAUCAGAGUGGGCCCUACAGGAGCAGCAACUACAUCUUUUCACCUCCGAAUCCCCAGUGUCCGGCCCCAAAGGCAAUAAUAAUAAACCAUACUAUUUAUUGGGUAGCCAUGUGCCAGGCCACAGUAUCAUGCACACAUGCACACCUGAUAUCCCAUUUGGCCCUGUCACUUGAUGAGAUAAGCACCAUAACGUUUCUUCCCUGGUCUCUGUAUUAUGGAGCAUGGACACGCCAGGGGGCUCAAAGUUGUGAAGCCAAGACAACACCCCAUCCUUCCCUCAGAGCAGAAACAGCAGGGCAGGAACAAAGGCUCAGCCUCCCUAGGACCUUUUUUUUUUUUUUUUGGUAGCACCUGACAGAGCCAUAACUCAAACUAACUUAAGUGAAAAUGGGAGUUUAUGAGAAGCUACCGGAGUCUCUACCUGAAAUGCAUGCAGGACUCAGGGUGGCAGAUCAGGACUGGCUUUUGUUAGUUCAACUGCAGUUAGUGGCAAUUACAAUUUUAAACAAGGUCUUAAAAUUUGUAUUGUCACAUUCAAUAUCCAUUAUCUUGUUUGAUUUUUGGAAUGGCAAGUAAUAAUAAAAUAAUAGAAGCUAAUGCUUUUAUACCUCUUGCCAUAUGCCAGGUCUUAUUCUAGAAACAUUAAAUUCUCGUAACAACUGUCUAAGGUAGGUUCUAUUAUAAUUGUGUUCAUGUUGGAGAGGAGGAGACUGAAGGGGAGAGAUUAAAUAACGUGUGAAGGUACUACAGCUAGUUCAUGGCAUCUGAACCCAUACAGCUAUGCUGGAGCUGUUGUAGAAGCCAGCAUGCGGCUAUUGAAGACUUGAAAUGCUCCAGUCUGAUUUGAGAUCUGCUGCAAGUGUGAAAUACAUCACUAGGCUUCAAAGACUUAGUACUAAGAAUGUACAAUGUCUCAUUAAUAAUUUUUAUGGUGAUGACAUGUUGAAAUGAUGAUAUUUGGGAAGCAAUGGGCUAAAUAGCAUUGAAAUUAAUUUCACCUGCUUCUUUUUUACUUUGUUAAUGUGACUACAAGACAAACUGACACGUGUGACUUGCAUCGUUUUCCUAUUGGGCCGAGCUGUUCACACCCACUCCCCCACUGCUGUGGUCAGGCACGUGGAGACGGGCCCUGGGGAUGCGAUACGGGGAUGUGAACACCCUCAGCCGCCUUCUCUCCCCCUCACAUCUCUCACAGCUGCUGCAUUCUUCUCUCCCACGGCAGUCCUUGGUCUCCACGCGGCAGAAAACAGCUGUAGACAAUGCCAAAGCUUGAUGGCUUUGUCUUCGGCCACUCCAGAGCCUGACUCUUUCCCUCAUUGUGCAGAGGAGGCAGCUGAGGCUCAGAGGUGCAGCAGGCCAGGGCCCCGGGGGUGGGCUCCACUGCCCACCACGUUAUGCACCACGUUUGUCGUUUUGUAAAGGCUGGGAGUGUAUCUAUUAGAAGGUAUAAGUCUUCAGCUUUAACACACGGGCUGAUUUCCUGUGUGCUUUCAAGAAUUCUUGCUGAGACAAACCCCUGGCUUCCGAGGCCUUGUUAGAUCAUGAUGUGUCCUUGGAUCUCAUUUUCUAGGCUGAGCCAGAAAUGAAGAGAGAGAAAGAGAGAAAAUAGCAGAUGAAAUAUUUUCUGAGGCAUCCUGGCAAGUGGGCCCCACGACUUUUGAAGCCUCUGUAUUUAGACUGUGGAUUCUGGACAGUUUCCAAAUGGACACUGAUCUUGAGAUCUGGAGAGAGGGGACAUUUCGUGAGCACUGUGUGAAGAGCGGCAGCCAGCCGCUUUUUCCCUCCAAGGAUCUCUUUAGCUUUUUAGAGAAGCUGGAGAGGACUGUUUCCAAUUUACUUCCUGGAAUUCGGGGAGGGCGUGGAAUGUUUUUUAUUAUAGUAUUCUAUUCUCCCAUCAAAGCGGAUUUUCAGCAAGCUUCAUCCGCAAGCAAGCCUUGUCCCUUUUCACACCAAACACCGGGAGAAUUGCCCUGCUGGGCGAGAUUUGGGUGUCCUCCUCCACCCAGGAUGAGGUCUCCCCUGAAACACUCCAGGGGCUCCCAGUGGGAGUUCAGGACUAUGAUCCCUUAGUUCAGUUGCAACUAGUGACAAUUACAAUUUUAAAUAUGGCUCUAACUUUUGUAUCAUGUUUUGUUUUCAAAUCCACUAUCUUUUUUGAUUCUCUGAAUAACCCUGUAAGGCAGACUGGGCAAAUGUUAAUAUGUCCAUUUUACAGGUGAGGAAAUGAAGGCCCAGAUAAGAUGAAAUGACUUUUUCACAGUCACAUGAUUAGUAAGUUACAAAACUAGGACUGGGACCCCGGUCUUCAGAAUCCAAGCCCAGUCAUUGCACUGAGUUUUCCUCAGUGACCAAGUGAGGCUUUGUCAUCCACACUUUUAUUGAGACCCUUGUGAUCCCCUUGCUUUAUAAAUUGUAAUAAUACCGGUGGGCUGGGGAGGUCCUCAAACGCCAGUGGGACCUCAACCCCAGCCAGUGUCCAGGCUUUUGACACCAUCUCAAGAAGGAAUUCAAGGAUGAGUUAGAAAAUUGUGAAAUUAUGGUGACUUAUUGCAAGGGGGAAAAGUACACACUCAGGAAAGGGGGCUGUGGGCGUUCUCAAGAGGGAGUUGGGCAGAGGGGUUUGGGGUUUCUAUCUUUACGGGUUUCUUUAACCAACAGGUGGAAUAUUCAUGAAAAUUCCUGGAAAAAGGUGGAGAUUUCCCAGAACUGUGGUGCCACCCAUUUCUACACCAAAUAUGGGUGUUCUUGGAGCUGUCGUGGCACUGGUGACCACCAUGAUCCCCUGGGUGCUCUUGGCCUGUGCCCUCCCCUGCGCUGCUGACCCACUGCUUGGCGCCUUUGCUCGCAGGGACUUCCGGAAAGGCUCCCCUCAACUGGUCUGCAGCCUGCCUGGCCCCCAGGGCCCACCCGGCCCCCCAGGAGCCCCAGGGCCCUCAGGAAUGAUGGGACGAAUGGGCUUUCCUGGCAAAGACGGCCAAGAUGGACAGGACGGCGACAGGGGGGACAGUGGAGAGGAAGGUCCACCUGGCCGGACAGGUAACCGGGGAAAGCCAGGACCAAAGGGCAAAGCCGGGGCCAUUGGGCGGGCUGGCCCCCGUGGCCCCAAGGGGGUCAACGGCACCCCCGGGAAGCAUGGCACGCCAGGCAAGAAGGGGCCUAAGGGCAAGAAGGGGGAGCCGGGCCUCCCAGGACCCUGCAGCUGCGGCAGUGGCCAUACCAAGUCAGCUUUCUCAGUGGCAGUGACCAAGAGCUACCCACGGGAGCGGCUGCCCAUCAAGUUUGACAAGAUUCUGAUGAACGAGGGUGGUCACUACAAUGCUUCCAGCGGCAAGUUCGUCUGCGGCGUGCCUGGGAUCUACUACUUCACCUACGACAUCACGCUGGCCAACAAGCACCUAGCCAUCGGCCUGGUGCACAACGGCCAGUACCGCAUCCGGACCUUUGAUGCCAACACCGGCAACCAUGAUGUGGCCUCGGGCUCCACCAUCCUGGCUCUCAAGCAGGGUGACGAAGUCUGGCUGCAGAUCUUCUACUCAGAGCAGAAUGGGCUCUUCUACGACCCUUACUGGACAGACAGCCUCUUUACAGGCUUCCUAAUCUACGCCGACCAGGAUGACCCCAACGAGGUAUAGACAUGCCAGUGUGGUCCGCCAGGCAGGGAGCAAGCUUCUGGACUUGGGCUUACAGAGCAAGACCCCUCAACUGUAGGCUAGGGGUGGGGGGUCCAGUGAGCAGUUCUAGCCUCAGGCUGACCUCCUCUGCCUCUUUUUUUCCCCAUCAUUAAAUCCAAGCCUUUUUAUUCAUC